UCAACAUCAUCUCUGGGAAAAGUUGUUCAUACGGCACAUUCAGUUGCUUUCAGCGCCAUGAACUAAUUUACAUUCUCCUUCAUCGUGUUUCUGGAGGUGGCAGAAGUUACAGCAUCUUGUGAUCUUGAACUGAAUGAAGAAAUCACAAAAAAAUAGAUUCCUGAGGCGUUUGUUUGAGGCUCAGCUGCCGCCAUUGACCCCUGUGUGGAAUUCAACCAACAGCUUCCGAGGACAACUGCUACUGGUCAUCACACACACACACACUGAACGAAAACCUAUAAACAGGCCUCAAAGCUGUGGCUCUCUCAUUCAUCUCGCUUCUGCAGGCAGGAGUCGGCUGCAUUCAGGAUGGCAGAGAAAAAGAUGUCGUCGAGCCGGAGGAAUCAACUCAAGAGCUUGCUGCUGCAGAUCGGUGAGGCGAUGCUGGAGGAGGAGGCACGCGAGGCCGAGAAGGAGAAGAAGCAGUACAUGGAGGAGAAGUGCCCCACUUUCUCCAACCCAGGCUGCAUGCAGGAGCUCCAGGAGCUGUGCCGGAAACUCCACAAGCAGAUUGAUUUGGUUGAUGAAGAGCGAUAUGACAUGGAGAUCAAAGUUCAAAAGUCCAACAAGGAGAUUGACAACCUGAAGUUGAUGGUUCAGGAACUGAAGGGUAAGUUUAAGAAGCCGGCCCUGAAGAAGGUGCGGAUGUCGGCCGACACCAUGCUGGCUGCUCUGCUGGGCUCUAAACAUAAAGUGUCCAUGGACCUGAGAGCCAACCUGAAGCAGGUGAAGAAGGAGGUGAAAGAGGAGGAGAAGCAAACAGGCGACUGGAGAAAGAACAUCGAAGACAAGGCCGGGAUGGACGGCAGAAAGAAGAUGUUCGAGACAGACGCUUAAAAAUCAAUGUGUUGUUCUGCUGUUUACCAGCAUCAUUCAUAUAUGUGUAGUCUGCCAAUCCAAGCUGUUGGAAAAUUGUACAAUUGAUGGAAUAAAUAUGUUGUGUUCCUUAUUUUUGCAUUUCAUGAUGAUAAUUGGAUGA